UCAAACAACCAAUAGCAGAAGGGAAAGGCAGGACGUAGGCAAACGGGAGCUUGGUUUAAGGUGACAUUUAACAUGGCGGCGCCCUGUGCUGCGUUAGGUCGUGCUUGUGUGCGGGGAUUCGUUUGGAAGGGGCCGGCUAAUAACAGUGCCCUUGGGUGUUUGAGCACUUCUAGUUGGAGAAGAAAUUAUACAGUGAAGGUGUCUGUCACCGGGGAAAAGAUCACCCACACUGGCCAGGUUUUUGAUGAGCAUGACUACAGGAAAGUAAGAUUUGUUGGACGACAGAAGGAGGUUAACGAGCAGUUUGCCAUUAACUUGAUUGAGGAGCAACCGGUGAAUGAAUCUGAUAGUAGAAUUGUCUCUUGCGAUGGGGGUGGUGGAGCUUUGGGCCAUCCAAAAGUGUAUAUCAAUUUAACCGAAACACAGAAUCGUCUUAGCUGGUGAAAUGUCAUCCAGUCCGAGAUGUCUCUUUUUGAGAGACAAAGUGGGAUACUCCUUCUAUUUCUUCAUUCAUAGGAAUGUUAACUUUAUAAUUUAUAUCUAUUUAGUAUUUGUUUAGAUCCAUAACAUAUUGUGCUUCUUGCUAUAAUUUUCCAAAAUAAUAAUAAAAAAAAAAAAUCUAAAAAUGCAAAUUAGCAUUUACCUAUUUUCUGAUUUUCAUUCAGGCUCGGACACCUAUUAACUACUUGGGGCGCUCUACUUUAAUAAAUUAUUAACCAUAUGUUUUGUUUAAAGAGGUUGUUUACCUUUUCAGCUCAGUGGUUUUGAGAUAAUUCACCAGAAAUAUUGAAGUCUAAAGAUGUUGUUCACUUUCCAAACACUUUUUUUUCAGUUCAGUUGUUUUCCGAAUGUUCACCAGCAUAAGACUAUUUUCACUUGCUUUCCAUUUUUUAUAGCUUUUCCAUAAAUGAAGUUUAAAGUUAAAUGUUCCUGUCUCUAGUAUGUCAGUCUGACAGCUCAGUAAUCCAGGUGCAGAUUCUGAACGGUUACAAUUUGCUACAUUAGUUGACACAUUUCUCGGCAGCAUCUGUGGAAUAUUAGCAACUAUUGUAUCAGUUCUAACAGCUACCUUUUAUUAAACGCCAAGAUUCUGCAUAGCAGGGCCAAAAAUAAGAAAUGUAUCAACUACUCUAUCAAUUUACAGUAGUAUACAAAAUCACAGUUACAGAGUCUGUGACCCCCCCAUCACACACAGCUGCUUCAGAAUGACAUAGAAAGCAUUUUUGACAGAAUACACAAUUUGAGUGUUUUACCAGAAACAGUGCUCAGUAAUGUCUAUAUUGUCUAUUUUCUGUUGUUUUGUUGCUGUGACUAAUCACACGCAACAAGUAGCACCGUGUGUCAUUGCCCUAAUUGGGUUCCCAACCACCGGGCUGCGGACCAGUGGUGGGCUGUGGGCAGUGCUGAACUGGGCCACCUCUGGUCCCAGCUGCAGUCUAUAAUAGCUGCAAAAACAAUGAAAAAGACCCUAAUUACCUGCAAUCCCAGCUCCCUGAUGCGCUAUUGCCAUGACUACAGCUGUGCAAAUCCCAAGAAGCUUUCUACUGAUCGCGAUAAGGACCAAAAUACUGCUUGGACAGUUCUUUUGGUAAGCCUAAAAUGCACCCACACAUCUACAUCCCCCACACCCACCGGUCCUCAUAAAAAUUGUUGUGCUUGAAACUGGUCCGUGGUGCAAAAAAGGUUGGGGACCACUGCCCUAAGAGUCAUACGUCUCAUACAAAUCAAUAAUUUGUAAUUUGAUAAUUGCCAUAAUCAUCAUUUUUAAAAUGAACAGUAUGUUGGAUAAUCUCUUUUUAAAGGAAAUUGCAGAGUUAAUAUUCUUUUGUUCAUUUAAUACAAAUAAUUGCUCUACAUCAGUGUAUUAUUUGCAGCUUUGUGCUGCUGAUGUGGCAGCAAUCCAUUUCAUGUCUACUAACACCAAACAAAUUACAUUGUAACAGGUGUUUACAAAAAAAGCUGUUGCACAUAUUUUUACAAAAACACUUUUAAUAACAUAGAUACAAUAUAUGAGGAGAAAGCAGUCUGUCAGUCUCAUCAGAUUUGCAAGCAAUUACAGUAGAACCUCUGUAGUACUGAAUUUUGGAUAUUCAACAAUAAGCCCAUACACGUAAUGGGUUAACAGAUAUCUGCCUUUCCAUCAAUGGCAACUGUGAAGGUGCAAGCCUGGGCAACAGUCAUCCUGCCAUAAAACAAUCCUUGCAGCUACAGUAAUGUCCGUAUCAAAGAGAUGCAAAUAACUGGACACACUGGUGUGGGUGCAGGGAUAGCAAGAGUUCCCAAGGGAAUGACACUCUGCUGGAUCAACAAAGGGAUAUCUGGAGCAUUGGAUUAUGGGAUUUCUUUCACGGUGCAUCCUAACUUGAUUUUAGUCCCUUGUCUAAGAAGAGAUGAACCAACGUCAAGAACAGCUAACAUCGACCUGAUUGGCUGGGACUGUCUUUUGGGUGUGGCUGUUUUGGGAACAGGGUAGUAUAUUCGUUUGAAUGGUCUUGCUUAUGUGUAUAUAAAGAGCAUUGUAAAUACCUUGUUAGUUAGUCACUUUCCACACCCUUCCAUUGCAUCCUUCCCUAUCCCUUUCUACCUCCCUCCAUGUUAGUUAGUUCCCUUUUUAUGUUAUACCUUUUAGUUCCUUUGUAAAUAAAUACCACUUAUUUAAA